AUGCAGUUAAGAACAUCUCUCUCUCUCUCUCUAUCUAUCUAUCUAUCUAUCUAUCUAUCUAUCUAUCUAUCUAUCUAUCUAUCUAUCUAUCUAUCCUUCAUAAGUAUAGCAAUACACUAUGUCUCUGUUCAUUGCUCUAAAUCCUUCUGUACACUUCUCCAUCUGCUACUUUUCAAUGUUCAUUUUGUUCUACACUUCUUCUUCUGUCCAUCUCUACAUUGUUCUGUCAAUUCACUUCUUUUACACCAUCCUUCUCACUUUUCUUUCUCUCUCUCUCUCUCUCUUUCUCUCUCUCUCUCUUUCUCUCUCUCUCUCUUUCCCAGCUGCACACUUCCUGGAGCCAAUCUAUCAACUGUAUUUUCUGCUUGUCACCUCUUCUCCCUUUAUUGUUAUAUAUUCUUUCAGCCUUGGCUCCAAGAACCCUCUCUGACUUCCUCCUUCUACCCUGUCUCUCCAACCAACCCCCCUUGUUCCAUUCAUUCUCUCUCAACUCUGUUUCCUUUCGUUCCUACCCCACCUCACUUUAUUAUUACUACUGCGGUUUUCGCCCCCACCCGGCUUUCUUCAUCAUCACAGCCCCUGUGGCAGUGGCUGUAUGAUGUAUGUACCUCUCCUUUUUGCUUUUACUUCUCCUUUCUACUCUUUCCUUUUUACUCUUUCUUUUCUACACUUUUCUUUUUACUCUUUCUUUUUUUCUUUCUUUCUUUUUUCUUUCUUUCUUUUUACUCUUUCUUUUUUUCUUUCUUUCUUUUUACUCUUUCUUUUUUCUUUCUUUCUUUUUACUCUUUCUUUUUUUCUUUCUUUUUCUCUUUCUAA